AUGGUGCCAGGCACUGAAGCAGGGGAUUCAGCUGACUGGCUAUGGAAGACCAAGUACAAGAUUGCGGUGGGCGCCGCAGUGGGUGGUCUCGCGUUCUUUGCUCUCUUCCGGUACCACGUGUGCACCCCCAGCCAGUACCUGGUCAAAACGGGGCUGGGCAUCCCGGACAUGGCCAUCGCGCGCAAGACAAUGCAGUGGCCCUGGCAGGAGGUGCGCACGUACAACAUGGCCCCGCUCAACUACUCGUUCCACCUGAACAACAAUAUGUCCUCCGAGAUGGUGCCCUUCCGCCUCCCAGUGAGCUUCACGAUUGGCCCCAAAGAUCCACGCGAGGACUUGGAGGGCUUCAAGACGUAUGCCACCAAGCUGGGCGACCUGCCGCCGGAGAAGGUCGAGGCCACCAUCGGGGGGGUCAUCCACGGCGAGACUCGCGUCUUCUCCGCGGGUUUGACCAUCCGGGAGAUGUUCGAGGACCGCGAGAAGUUCAAGCGGACGGUGCAGGACAAGAUCCAGCACGACAUGAACGCCUACGGCUUGAAGAUUUACAACGCCAACAUUGCGGAGAUGGCGGACCAGGACGAGCAGACGCGCUACUUCCAGAACUUGCGACAGAAGGCGCUCGAGGGGGCCAACACCGAGAUGCGCAUCCAGCGCGUCGCGCACUCCGAGAAGGACCUCGCCAUCGUACGCGCGCAGUGCGAGCGCGAGCGGCUGCUGGCAGAGAUCGACGUCAGCAUGGCGACGGACAAGCGCAAGGCGGAGCUGGAAACGGAGGUGGAUCGCGCGCGCACCGCGCAGCAGAUUGCGUACCUGCAGUCCACGCAGGAUCAAAAGUACUGGCUCUGA